AGUCUCUUUCUUAUAUUUUCUUUCUUUUGAAAAAAGUAUCGUAUAUAACAAUUGCGAGUGUUAUUUUAGUUUCCUGAAAAGAGUAAGGCGUGCACCAAUUCGUAAAUAAGUAAAUAAUAUGUAAAUAAAUACUAAAUAUUAUAAUAAUCAUUGACGUCAUACUCACGCACGACUAAACAAACACGUCGCUCAUUCGUCGUCAAUAACAAGCCUUCUGAUUGGCCGAGAACGCGACACGCCACAACAAUGUGAGUAUAUAUGGGAAAUUAGGGGAAAGAAAUGUAGACGUAAGAAGUUCCCUUUUUUCUUCAUAAAAAUCAUCUUAAAUUUGAAGUUCAAAGCAGCGAUAUGCCUGCUAAAGACUUAGAAGUUGGAUCGAGGCUUCCGUUUGUGAUAUCAUUGGAAUUAUUUCUUACCUUAGAAACGGGGAUUUUUGAUCACUGGUUUUAUUAUGGCCGAUUUAUUCAGCUUGUCGGAAUCAUCGUUAGCUUGUGGUGUUUUUUGCUCCAUCAAGAACAACUGACAGCAGUUUAUCAUUAUACUUUAUUUGCAAUUGAUAUGACUUUUAUCUUGUACCUGAAUCUCUACAACACGAUUGACUUUGGGGGUUCGUUGCUAACUCGUAAAACAGGAUUGUCUUUUUGGGAUGUUUUCAUAGUGUUUCCCAUCGUGGUCGGUGCUUGGGUAUUUUAUAUCGCUUCAGUUAUCCUGUACUCAAGAGGACUUCACACAAAGAAGCCAAUUGCGUUCGCAUUCUCAACAGCUCCGAUUUUUGUCCACCGAAUCUGUUUUCAGAAGGAAGUCAAUCAUCCGCCAAUGUGGAUUUGUAUAUUUGUGUUUAUAUCAGCAUAUUUGACAUUACAAGCCUUGUAUAUCUCUGCAAAGAACAUUACAAAAUACAUGUGGGGUUCAUUUAAUGUUGCAAAAUGGCUGUGCCGUAUGUAUGGUUGGUCUGUGCUGUUCAUCUUUCAUUGGCGGCGCCUGUACAUCGCUGAUACACUCACAGUGUUCUGGACAAUUGUGUUCAGCAUCAAUCUUCUUAUACAGCACGUCUGGGCAAUGCAACCAAUGUCACUGUCAGCACUGAUAUUCAGUUCAGUUGCAUACAGUUGCACAUCAUUAUUGACAAUGCUAAGCAUGUGUUUUAUCAUUCACAAGAUUUGUAACUUUAUUUUGAUGCACGUCAAGAACUACUAUCACGAAGACCAUAUACUGUUGGAGGAAUCAAACUCAUCACCUUCUGGUGUUCGGGAAGCUUGUGGAUUUUUCUUCCUUGCCUUGUACACUGGAGUUGCAUCGUGUGAACCAAGCCGCAAAAUGUACCUUUUGGAGUUGAUAUUUUAUCUUCUCCUUGCAGCAUUAAUAAGAUCAAUGUUUGAAGUUGUAGAACCUGUUCUACUUGCCCUAAGCUCACUGCAGUCCGCUGGGAUCCGAAGGCAUUUACGUGUGUUAGGAUUAAUAUUUUUCCUUCUUAUAUCAGCGUUUUACCUUGCUUUUAGCGUGUACGAGAUGAAAGAUAGGAUACCAUUUAUGACGCCAAAUAUUAUAACCAUUGCUCAGAUUGUUGCUGCAUUGGUUCUCUACAGUCUAUACUGCUAUGACGCUCAACAUGAAGGAGUUUGGGAGGAACUUGAUGAUUAUGUGUACUAUGUUAAUGGCGGAUGCCGGGUCUUCGAGUUCAGCGUAAUUGCAGCAGUUCUCUGCUAUCGCUUGUGUGACUUUACUUUGGAGUGGACCCUGUUCCAAAUUGCUAUGGCGCUCCUCCAUGUGUAUGUCAACAUUUGGCAGCCAGCCAGGGAAGGAUGGCAGAGUCUUCGUAAACGACAUCAAGUUUAUCAGAAGUUGAAUGCUUUGCCGGAAGCAAGCCAAAAAGAGAUUGAUUCCCUUGAGGAUGUUUGUCCAAUUUGUCUGGAGGAACUCAAGACUGCAAGAGUUACGCCUUGCAACCACUUUUUCCACAAUCUUUGUCUUCGGAAGUGGCUCAAAGUGCAGAACAAAUGCCCAAUGUGUCAUGCAAAUAUUUUGACUCUUUAGGAACUCUAAUCUCCAAGAACAUGCACGAUGCACCAAUGUAAAAAUAAUUCUAUUUUCUUUUUUCUUCAGGAAACGCAUGCUAUUUUGAUGCAAUUUUCUCAGCUUUUAUGCUUUCAAAGAAGCUAUGAAAAUUUUCAAAGACGACUUAGAAUAUUUGAAAAAUGAAUUGUUACGCACUGAAAGUUGCAACAAUAUAGUAAUGUUCGCUUCCGAAAUACCAACACUAGAAAUCCUUAUCGUUUAUUGUUCUCAUAUACUCACUUCGCUAUAGACUAAAGAUUCAAGAAUUUUGUGAAAUUGAACUCUAUUGAAUCUGUACAAUGUGAUGUGACUUAUGUGAGCCUAAUUGAUUUUCUGUAAUAAAGUUCAUAUUAUCGUUACUCGUUU